UUAGAUUACGACGCCAGUGGCAAUUAGCGCCCAAUCCCCCAAUGGCAGCUAUGAAUGAUCAACUCAAGGAUCAAGGGGGACAUGGCGAUUGCCACGAUCACACGAAAUGUUCGACCAAAGGGGUCGUAGCGACGCAGUCGUUAACUGAGCUGGAUUUUGAUCGUGGUAUAUGGAGCGCCGCGAUGAACAACGAGAUCGAACGCUUGGAUAUGCUAAUUACCAAAGGACACCUUAACGACCGGGAUAGCUGUGGGUACACCGCCCUUCACUACGCCGCACGCAGUGGCCACCAUGAUGCUUGUCUGUUGCUUCUUUCGCGUGGUCUUGGAGUCGACGAAGUGACGAAUGGUGGCGUUACGGCACUACACCGAGCUGCGAUGAUGGGGCACUCCAAGAUCGUCCAGUUGCUGCUGGCGCACGACGCGAAUCCGCUUCAUAGAGACAACGAUGGCCGCACAGCACUUCAUCGGGCGGCUGAAAAUGGACACCUUCUGUGUUGCCAGCUGCUGGUACAACGUGACCCCACUCUAUGUCGCAUGGAGGACGCUCGCCAGCAGAAACCGAUCGAUCUUGUGCGCGAGCAUCAGACUAAUUCGCACGAGCUUAGAAACCUACUGGCAGGAUAACUCUGUCCUUUCGCAAAACUCCUUGUUCCUCCUCUUUUACGCAGCUUCGACAACGCACGUGGUCCCUUUUCCCAAAUCGCUUACCAGGAUGCACUCCUUUCCUACCGCUGCACGGAAAAGUCUGUUCUUUAUCUGAUUGCGCGCCUAAAUCAAGAAGCGAGGUAACAUUUCGCACAAGGCCUUUUUUGUUUUAAAGCUUAGGUAAGAAUGUGCGUACGUGUGUGUGUGUAUAUGCGCCUUUGU